GAGUCACCAUGGAGCACAAUAUGAACACCAACUUCAACACCAAGAUGCAGUCGUACAACAGAGACGCAUUGAACGAGUUCGUGAUGCUCCCCGUGUCACGGGAAAUGAUCACCCACCUUGCUCUACAAACAUCCAAAGUCAUCCGCUGCGAAGGCCAUGUGACUGUAUCAUCCAUGAACCAACAUGGACAACCCACCCCUCCCAGCUCUCCGCCCCUGGACCCUGCCGACAAUCUACCACCUCUUCCACCACUAGAAGUCUUUAUCUCGUCCAUUGUGCAACGAUCACAGGUUCAGGUGCCAACCCUGAUGACUUCUCUAGUCUUCCUGGCUCGUCUCCACGCUCGAUUACCACCUGUGGCCAAAGGCAUGCGAUGCACCGUUCAUCCUGCCAAGAACUUGAAUGAUUCGAGUCCGAAGAAUAAGCACUGGGCACGUUACACCGCUGUGCGAGGGUACCCGGGUUUCGGCUUCUCGUUGGCCGAAGUCAACCUGAUGGAGCGACAACUUCUUUUUCUUCUUGAUUGGGACACUCGCGUCAAUGAAGAGGACCUGUUUGAGCAUUUUGAGCCUUUUCUCGCCCAGAUUCGCAGACAAUAUGAAAUUGCAGAGCAAAAGGAAGCCAUGGCCCAACACCAUCACCAUGACUGGUGGCGAUUGAACGCCUCGGCCGAAUCUCUAGCUGCCCGUCUCCGCCGCCAGAAGCAGGAAAUGAGGGGAGAGAUUGGAACUUUGUCUCAACGAAAAUCGCAGUAUCUCACUACCUCCACUACAACCAAUCAGCAACAACCACAUGCUGUAAACCGCAAUUCUCCAUUGUCUAUGGUCGAGGAUAGUGAUCGAUACAGCCCCUACCCUCGUCAUCGCACUUCUCUCUACCGCAGUGCAAACCGCUCCAUUUCUCCCCCUUCCGUCAAGGAUGUCCCUGCCCUGUCACGUACAGAAACCAGCAAUUCCUUGGCACCAUCAUCUCGAUCAUCCAGCGUCGCACCCAGUGUACGAAGCACACCUGGAAGUAUCAGCACUUGCUCAUCAUCCGUGGACGAAGUCAUGGUCGUGGACGGAAAUGCCAGCCCAGCUAGCUCAGCGCUCAAUUAUAGUUAUGUCAACGUCAUGAAGUCCCAGCCAAAACAACGCCCCUCCAUACCAGCAAUGUCACAGCAACCGAGCAAGAAGAUCAAGACCAGCAAUAGCUUGGGUGGUUCAGGCGGUGGCCUGAUGGCUCGAUUUUUCGCUUCUGCCGCCGGAGCCUACAUGAACGGUCGCAUCUCUCGCACUGCUGCAUGAACACAGGAUAUUCCUCCUGACGGAAAUUGACCGAGCUGGCUCUCGCAUUUCCUCUUUUUAUUACUUUAUUUCUUUUGUCGUGUCUCAUCCAGGAGUUUUACAUUCAUAAUCAUUUUCGAACACUACAGGAAUAUGAAUUCUAGUCGUGGGAAGAGGUGGAAAAAAAAGGCUUCUAUACCCAUUUUUCUCUUUCAUUUCUUCAACCUUAUACAAUGCAUCUGGCAUGGCUUGGCGUUCUUUCACUUGUCUAUUUUAUUGAACCUUUUGAAAUGUUUAUCUUCUUGUCUGGGGGGGGUUUUUUUCCGGCGUUACUUCCAUUCUGGAUCCAUAUGAUAUAUGGUGUAUGAGAAGUAAUGAUCAAUGGUUUUUCUUCGUUCUGAAUACUGUGGAGUCCGUGGAUGUUAUAUAGGAUCUAUACCUGUUUCGAUAUGUUAUACAUCUACUAAUAAAUAUGACUGAUAAUUGGGUUUG